AUGACUGACUCAAAUGAGUCUGGGCCUGCUCAAGCAGCUACAGACGUCUCUGGUCUUCUCCCUCCUGAGCAUUGGGCUGAGGUAGCUGAGGAGUUGGGUGACACGGAUUCUGCUCUGAGAGACGAUAAUACCGAGUCGACUGCAUCAAUUACUUCAAGUAUUCUCGAGUAUAAGAACAUCAACGGCAGAACAUAUCACCACGAUAUCGGCAAUGCGCAGUACUGGGGAACGAAUGACGAGAAGCAGAACGAAUCGAUGGAUAUCAACCAUCAUGUUUUGACGCUGGUUUUGGACGGUGCGCUGCACCUUGCGCCUCUUGCGAAGGAUAUCAAGAGUGUCGUCGAUAUUGGAACAGGGACAGGCACCGAUAUAUCGCCAAUUCAACCGGGCUGGAUCCCUCCCAACUUGAGAUUCGAUAUCGAAGACUGCACCCAAGAGUGGACGUUCGCCCCUAACUCGCAGGAUUACAUCCACUUCCGUUGGCUUGUCGGCAGUAUCGUAGACUGGGACCAGCUCUUCAAAGAAGCGUAUAGGUGUCUCAAGCCGGGUGGCUAUAUAGAAAGCCACGAGGCUCUUUCCAGAAUGGACUGCGAUGACGGAAGUAUCACUGAGAAGAGCGCUAUGCACCAGUGGGGAAAGUUCUUCGUUGAGGGUGGUAAGAAGAUCGGCCGUUCGUUCACGAUCGUUGAAGAUGGAGUGCAGAGAUCUGCUAUGGAGAAGGCCGGUUUUGUUAAUCUUGAGGAACGUGACUUCAAGGUCCCCAUUGGAGGUUGGCCAAAGGAUCCCAGGAUGAAGGAAAUUGGCAAGUAUGCUCAGGCUACGCUUGAGCAGGAUAUUGAAGGUUACGUCUUGUUCAUGGCGAACACGGUGGAGGGCUGGACUAGAGCGGAGGUCGAGGUGUAUAUCUCGAUGCUAAGAAGGGAGUUGAGACAGGGGACUAUGCAUCCUUAUUAUCGGCAGAAGGCUGUCUGGGCUCAGAAACCAAAAAAAUAA